AUGUAUUCGGAGACCAAUAUCCUGACCCAUCUCAAACAGGAGCAGCCUAUAUCGCCUGUAUAUACACCUGCGAAUUAUCCUGAAGUAGUCAACAUGACUAAUCAGCACAGGAAGUGCGAAGAGGGACAACACCUCCCUGGUAUCAACGAUAUGAUUCGCGGGAUGCCUCCUACCGUACCUGACGUUCCUCAACGACUUUCCACGGCAUUAAUCUACUCUGGAUUCAUGUCUCAACGUGGCUCAACGUCACCAUACCUCGCACCCGGUGAACUCAAUCCUACUAUGGAAAAUCAACACAAUGCUCUCAGACGUCUUAACCAAAUAAGCGAGCACAUUGACAAGCCACAACGCAAGCAACGCGCUCGUAGCAGUCCAAAGCGGGAAAUGACUUCAAAGGAUCUUCAGCGGGCCGAAGCCAAGGCUAAGAAGGAAACCGCAUCGCGCGAGCAGUUGACCCGUGCCAUUGCGAAGGUUGGGGAAGCCAUAUCAGGCCUCAUGCCCCAUGGCCGCCUCCCGAAGUCCUGGGUGGGGAAGGAAUUGAAACAGAACAAUGCCAAGAAGGACCUGUACUACGGGAAAAUACCCGUCCUCAUGUCGGCGAUAGAGCUGUUAGACCUCCUCAAACAACACAUCGAGUUUCUGGAGAGUCGUGGAUUUGGAGAAUUUGUUCGAGAUUUGAAAGAGGGUUUAGCGAACAUGGAGGAUCCGGAGCUCAUGCCAAAAUGUUCGCACCCACGACUCUAA